GCUAAGCAGGGUACUGGAUCCACAUAUGGAAGAUAUGGCAGGAAAUUCAGUUUACAACUUCACCAUGGCCUCGCUGGAAGAGAAACCUGUUUCUCUCAGGGUUUACAGGGGGAAAGUGCUUCUCAUCGUCAACGUGGCCACCUUCUGAGGCUCCACUGUCGAGGAGCAAACUGCAGGGUGUGUUCCUGUGAUUUCAGUACCACAGGCUGAAUGCACUCAUGGACAGGUUCAGUGGUCAGAACUUCACCAUUCUGGGUUUCUCAUGCAAUCAGUUUGGACUACAGGCACCAGAGGAGAAUCACGAGACUCUGGACGUCCUGCGGUGUGUCAGACCUGGUGGCGGUUUCAUCCCAAAGUUCCCCAUGUUCAGUAAAAUUGAGGUUAAUGGGCUGAACGAGGAGCCUCUGUACUCUUUCCUGAAGGCGUCUCUGCCUUCUGUGAACCCUGUCAUUGGAGACAUCAAGCAACUCUACUGGUCUCCGAUUAAAGUCAACGACAUCCGUUGGAACUUUGAGAAGUUUCUUAUCACUGCAGAUGGGUUGCCAUACAGACGUUAUGACCCCAAUCACCCUUUUGAAGGGGUGGAGAGAGACGUCGCUGCACUCCUGUAAAUCCUCAAUCUGUUCCUGCUAUGGCUCAACUGACCUUGGAUCAGCUCUAUAAAUACUACUUUAUAAAUACCGAAGGGUUUCAUUAUUACAUGUAUAAUAUACGAACAAAACCCAUUGACCAUAGAUAAGAACAUGUCCAUCUAGAUAUAAUCCCUGAUAUGCCUUUACAUUAGACUCCUUUUACACUGUAGAAAUAGGAAGAUUGUGAAUCAAAUCAUCAGAAAUGUGGAUUGUGAAGUAAGUAAUUCACUUAUGUUGACCAAAAUAGAUUUUCAUUAUAAAUUUGAUAUGAAUCAUUAAACAGAUCUAGAAAGUCUAGAAAAGCAUGGAGAUUUAAGGCACUUAAGGCACUUUAAGGCAUUUAAGUCCAGAUCUGGAAAAAUAUGAAAAUUCAGAAAAUAUUUUGGAAAAAAAAAAAAAAAGUAAAUUCAGCUGUCAAUAAGCUUCAAGACUCUAAGGUGGAUAUUCACUUAUUUUCUUCACUAAUGCAGUCUCCUUUUCGCUUUUCAUUACACCAUUAAUAACCUUUUAAAAAUCCCAGAAAAGUAUUGAAAUGGUCUCAUCCCCC